AUGAUGUCGGGACGGUGGGUGCUUGUGAACAUGGAGACGUCGGGUAAGUCAAAUAUGCUGGAGAAGAAGAGCGACUUGAUUCGGUUGGGCGGUCUGUUGGACGCGCUUCAUAAGCACAAAUUUACGUUGACAAAAAAGUUGUUGGUCGCUCGGGAUGCGCUUCUAUUAGCUCGAACGGGGUCUGAGGUUGUGACUGCCCAGGAAGUGUAA